UAAGAUCCAAUUGCCUAACAAACUUGUAACAACCUUUGCAUACAUGUUCAAUACAAUGAGAGCUGCCGGUAGCCUAGUUGCACGGAGCACACCAAACCAAUUUUACCGGGAUCCAUCUACAGUGUAACUUUUGUGUUCAACGCAUGCUUCUUUUCUCCCCCACAAGCUGCAGAACGCCAAGACAAAAGAAACGACAAAACGAGUCAUACACCAGUACAGACUUCUCGUGUUUCCUGGUUCCGAUUGCAGCGGGAUAGUGUCAGUUCACCAGCCAUCUCGUCCUCACCUUUUUUUUUUCUGGAAGAUCUUGCUCUCACCUAACAUGCACUGAAGCGCCAACCACAAGCUGCUUCACUGAGGCGCCAAAAAGAUCUUUGCGAGACCCCUGAAUCGAGCGAGGAAGCGGUGAAUGGGUCCGGGUGAUCAUGCCGGCGUCCAUUCCGUGGACGGUCGGCUGGAGGCCCUGCUCUCCGGCGGCGGCGGGGCACGGCGCAUGGCGGCGGCGGCGGCGCUGGAGCUGCGGCUGCUUGCUCCGCUGGCCGCGCCGGCCGUGGCCGUGUACAUGCUGAUCAUCGUGAUGUCGUCGGCCACCCAGAUCUUCUGCGGCCAGCUCGGCAACGUGCAGCUCGCCGCCGCCUCCCUCGGCAACAACGGCAUCCAGGUGUUCGCCUACGGCCUCAUGCUCGGGAUGGGGAGCGCGGUGGAGACGCUGUGUGGGCAGGCGUACGGCGCCGAGAUGUACGAGAUGCUGGGCGUGUACCUGCAGCGGUCGACGGUGCUCCUCAUGGCGACCGGCGUGCCGCUGGCCGCCAUGUACGCAUUCUCGGAGCCCAUCCUCCUCCUGCUCGGGCAGUCGCCGGAGAUCGCCGGCGCAGCGGCGGAGUUCGCGUACGGCCUCAUCCCGCAGAUCUUCGCAUACGCGGCCAACUUCCCCAUCCAGAAGUUCCUGCAGGCGCAGAGCAUCGUGGCUCCCAGCGCCUACAUCCUGGCGGCCAGCAUGGCGCUGCACGUGGCAAUGAGCUGGGUGGCGGUGUAUAGGCUGGGCCUAGGCCUGCUGGGCGCGUCGCUCACGCUGAGCCUGACGUGGUGGGUCCUGGUGGCAGGGCAGUUCGCGUACAUCGUGUUGAGCCCGAGGUGCAAGGAGACAUGGACCGGGUUCACGUGGGCCGCGUUCGCCGACCUGGCGGGCUUCGCCAAGCUGUCGGCCGCGUCGGCGGUGAUGCUGGCGCUGGAGGUGUGGUACUUCCAGGUGCUCAUCCUCCUCGCCGGCAUGCUGCCCGACCCACAGCUCGCACUUGAUUCACUCACCGUCUGCACCUCGAUUCAGUCAUGGGUGUUCAUGAUCUCCGUGGGCUUCAACGCCGCUGCCAGCGUGAGGGUGGGGAAUGAACUUGGCGCCGGGAACCCAAGGUCUGCCGCGUUCUCCGCAUGGAUAGUCACCGCCAUGUCCGCGCUCAUAGCAGUCGUAGCCGGCGUUGUGGUCUUCCUGCUCAGGCACAAGCUCAGCUACAUCUUCACAGGCGGCGAGGCCGUCUCGCGUGCCGUCGCCGAUCUCUGCCCUUUGCUUGUCGGCACCAUUGUGCUCUGCGGAAUCCAGCCCGUGCUAUCAGGUGUUGCUGUUGGCUGUGGGUGGCAAGCAUUGGUAGCAUACAUCAACAUUGGAUGCUAUUACUUCAUCGGCGUACCCCUUGGCGCGCUCCUGGGCUUCAAGUUUGACUAUGGAAUCAAGGGAUUGUGGGGAGGCAUGAUUGGAGGCACACUCAUCCAAACAAUUAUCCUAUUGUGGAUCACAUUCAGAACUGACUGGAAUAAGGAGGUCGAGGAGGCGAGGAGAAGACUGGACAAGUGGGACGACGCAAAGCAGCCUCUCCUUGCUAACAUGCAGCGAUGAUGUCCGGAGAAGAUUAACGUUUAUGCUGCUGCAAGUUAGGCCCUCUUUGAAACCACAAUUGAUUAUGAUAAGCUGAAUUAUAAAGAUAGAUUAUAUAAUCAGGUUUAUAAAAAUAAUUUAGGUGGACAUGUUUGGAGGUCAGAAUAUAUAAAUUGUAAUCCAGGUUUUUACAUUGCAUAAUGACAUAUCCGUCAUGUGCGCGAGCUGUGGAGAAAAAAGGAUGAGGGUGAAGAUGGCAGAAAUUAGUAA